AUGCCGCCCACCACACCGACGUACCCUCGGCUAACCACCAUCUUCGGCCCCAAUCCCAACAUCUCCUUCUUUCCCGCGAAGCGCGUGCGCUCCAUCAGUGACAGGCUGGGUCAUAAUCGACUGGAUCAGUUGCUAGAGGAAAUCCGCGCCGUGGUUGCGAGCAAGGUCAAGGCCACCUCAUCUAUCCCUCAGGCUCACGUCAACGUACACCAGGGCGCAGAACCCGACCAUGACCUGCCCGGCCUGGAGACCAUCAACUCCCAUAUCGGUGCGUACUUUGAUACCGUCCAUCCGCUGUACCCGUUCCUCUCUCCGGACGCCUUUCGUCAGAGGGCCGCGGUGCCAGAUCUGGCUCAGUCUCUGGCGGCCGACAAAAGCUGGGCUGCUCUCUUCUACGCAGUCCUGGCUAUCGGGUGCCAGAAUAAUGAGGGGGGGAGCUUCGAGGCUGGCAUCGGAGAGGCCUGGUCGUACUUUGAACGGUCUCUGUCGUACUUCCAGGCUCUCCUUUUCGGCAGAGGGUCCUUGACUGCAGUUCAAGCUUUCAUGGCUCUGGCGAUAUUUUCAUCAACAGUGUCUGCCUUCCAAUUUGAGCCUUUGAUGCUCUCAGAGGCCGCCACAAUGGCACAAGGGCUGGGAUUCAAUCGGUCGAACAGUCCGCAAGAAGGCCCUUGCCGUCGCACGUUCUGGGUACUGUACUUCAUGGAAAAGACGUCUUGCUUCACAACCGGCAAGGUUUCGAUUCUGGAGGACGCGAAUAUCAGCUGUGCGAUCCCCGAUGUCCCGGAAUCCACGUUCGAUGACUACGACUGGUUCUUCAGCUUCGUCAAGUAUGCGCGUCUAGUCGCCAAAAUCCACCAGUCUCUCUUCACCAUCAGUUCAGUCAGCCAGCCCCUAACGGCCUACAACUCUCUGGUGGAGAGCCUACGCCUGGAGCUGGAGAGCUGGCGCUUAUCCGCCCCACCCCGAUUCCGACCGGGGGAGAUGCUGAAACCGCGUUUGUUGCGCGAGUCCUUGACCGUCCAGGUCGCCUUGACUACUCACUUUCUUUACUUGAACGCCCUCCUCACACUGUCCUGGACCGUUUUGCAUUAUGGUGCUGUUCGCCUGGGGACCACACAGCAGGAGGUCAUGAAGCGCGACUUGAUGCGGACAGCACGCAGUGUCCUAGAACUGACGGGCUAUAUCGAGGUGGCACCCUCCACACCGGUUUGGAUCCUCGCCGUUCUGCCCCUUUCCUCCCUGAUGAUCCUCUUCGACCUCGUCGUUCAUAACCCGAAUCACCCCGAGACCGGCCUCAGCUUGGCGCUUCUGGACAUCGCAGGCGGGCACUUCAGCCGACUCGAAUACGCCAGUAAAGGGGCGCUCCCUGGCUCUCUCGUCGCUGAGUUUGCACACCUUGCACGCAACUACGUGUCGGAAACCCGCAAGUCCAAAUCCCGAGAGGCUAGUGAGAAUGUCCCAUUGCAGCUUGCAGCGGAGGCUCCUCCUCCUCCUCCUCCCGCAGGCAUGUUGGGGACCGCGAUGAAUCUCAAUGUCCCAAUGAUGCCGCAACCUCAAGAAUCGGUCGCCGGUCUCCCUGAUGUCACCCAACCUUGGAGCCCCGCUUCACUGGACCGCAACGAAUCUCUCUUUCUACCCUUUGUCGACGACCCGAGCUAUUACUUGGGGGACUUGCAGCUGUUUGGGAUAGACGUUAGGGACCUUUUUGAUCAUCCGUACUCUUUAUAACCGUAAUCAAUCUUCUGCCUUUUUUUUUUAAUAUAUACAUGGCAGGCCCAAUUUCCAAACAGAACCUCUG